ACAUGUUCAUGUACGUGGAGAAUUGCACUGCGGCUGUGUGUCUGUACUGUACGCGUGUCUGCUUUGAAGUCAGGCGAAUGUGAAGACCCACAGGAUCAUGUCAAGGAAAAAGAAGGGAAAAGCCAAGAAAAAGGCCAAGCAGAAUCUGGUCACUGCCGAGAGUGAGUAUGGCAAAGCGCCCCACACCUUUGUCUUCCACAGAGGCACUGUUGGCAAAAGUGUCUUGCAACUGCUUCUGGAUGUCCGUAAGACUAUGGAACCAUACACUGCUGCCAGCCUCAGGGCAAGAAAGAAGAAUGUGCUGAAGGAUUUUGUCAGUGUGGCCAGUCCUCUGGGGGUGUCGCAUUUCAUGGUGUUCACAAAAACAGAUACGGGAACAAAUAUGAGAAUCAUUAAGAUCCCAAGAGGUCCCACCAUAACAUUCAAAGUGACUCAGUAUUCGCUGGCCAAAGAUGUGGUGUCGUCCUUGAAGCGGCCCAACAUGUAUGCCUCCCAAUUCAGGUACCACCCUCUUCUCGUGCUCAACAAUUUCAGCAAAGAGGAACCCCACCUGAAGCUCACCGCCACAGUCCUUCAGAAUAUGUUCCCUUCCAUCAAUGUGCACAGGGUUCGGCUAAACAAGAUCCGUCGCUGUGUGCUUUUCAACUAUGAUCCAGACACCAAGCUGAUCGAGUUCAGACACUAUUCCAUCAAGCUUGUGCCAGUCGGAAUCAGCCGCAGUGUCAAGAAGCUGUUGAAGGCCAAGGUGCCAGACCUGGGGCGAUACAAAGAUGUCAGCGAUUUCUUCCUCAAUGCUGGUCAGUUGUCAGAAAGCGAGGCUGAGCAAGACGGUCCAGACAAUGAGGUGACCAUUCCUCAGAUGAUGAGCAGCCGGGGGAACAUUGCUGCCCAGAAGAGUGCCAUCAGACUCGUUGAGAUUGGCCCCAGGAUGCAGCUGCAGAUGGUUAAGAUUGAAGAGGGCUUGUGUGAGGGAGAAGUUCUCUACCAUCAGUUUGUGCACAAGACAGCCCAGGAGAUAGCAGAAGCCAGAGAUCUUCGGAUGCAGAAAAUGAAACUCAAGGAAAAGCGAAAGAAGCUUCAGAAGUCCAAUGUGGAUGCAAAGAACAAACUGAAAGAAGAACACAAAUUAAAAUCAAUAGAAGGAAUUCGGAAGAAAGAACAAGAAGAGAAACCUAACGUGACAGCUGUCACUGAGGAACAGGAAGAAGAAGAAGAACCAGAGGAUGACACAGAGUACUACCGACAAGAAGUGGGGGAAGAUCCGGACCCAGCUCUUUUUCCGAACCAGAAGCAAGUGCCAGACAAGAGGAAAAGGACAGACAAAAGGAAAGCUGGUAGUCAGGGAGGCAGGCUUCCAGAAAAGAAAUUUAAAUUCGGUGCCAAGCCAUCCAAAGAAUUCCAGAGCCAGGCAAGGAAAGGAAUGAAGGGCAGUGCCCGAAGGCCAGAAAGCCUUGACAGGAGCUCAUACGGAACGUCCAAAAGCUUUGGGAAGAAGUCCCCCAUGAAAGCGGGACGAAAAUCAGGGCUCUCGGGGAAGAAUACAGUCAGAAAGUUUGGACGUUCCAGUGACCGAAUGCAUCAGAGAGGGGACCGAUUGGGCAAAGGGAGUGCAUUGAGGUCCAAAAAGGGAAAGGUGCUUGGAGAAAAGGCCGUAAAGAAAUCAAAGGUUGGGGGUCGUUAGCUGCUGAUAUUGGUGAAAUAAAGAAAAACAAAUCAGGUUACCGUCUCUGAAGACUGGGUGAAAUCUUACCUUUUGUUUUUGAAGUAAGAUUUUUCUUGCUUUUUCAGGUAGUUGCAAACGUUUGUAGGUUUUGGAACCCCUUCUUGUUUUUUAAUUUCACCAGCAAGUUAUUGACCUCCAGUUGCCUUUCAUUAUCAGUCUCUCUGUGAGAAAAUCAUUUAAUUUAAAAAUGUUAACAGUGUUGUUAAAGAUCGCCCAUGCGGAAAGGCUGUUGAUGGGAAUUCAGUGCAUGGGCUUAUUAUGUAAUCUUGGCAUGUAGCGCAUGCCAUCAGACAUUUGAAGCAAGAUAUGGGAUGGAGAGAACCCCCCCUUUGUGUUGGUCAUUGUUUGAUCGGAAUCUCAGGAACU